GAGUGGAGAUAUAACAUUCACCCAGAUAAAAAGAAAAAGCUGCCGCUAACUCCCACAGUGGGUCUGUUUUUAUUGAGCCCCCAACUCAGCAGAGAGCUAUAUCAGGGGAAAAGGGAGGCAACCAGCGGCGGACGGAAGGGGACGCACCGCGGCCAGAACGCACAGUGUUGUGUUUGUUGGACACAUGCAUGCCAGCGAAAACUAGUACUAUCCAGACCUAAGGAAUUGGUUAAGAUAAGGAUAUAGUACCGUUUGAGGGACGUCUUUUUUGACAAUCCAACCGAGGAGCUAUCCAGAGGUUUUCCUUUAUUGCUCUGGAAAUUUUCUACCCUAUUUGCUCCGGGGGAAAUGCAAGGGGAGGAAAUCCAGCCUCAGCUCCAAAUAACCAGAGACUCCUAACUGGGUCUCCUCUCCAAACGCAGGAAAUACGGCCUGGGAAAAAAAGUUUGGGAGCUUUUGGAAGCAGAGGGGGCCUACCGCUGACGUUUUGCACGCGUUUUACGACAUGGUUUUCAAGUAGCCUACUACGAUUUUCUUUAACAUUAAGCGCUUCCACAGAUUAAGUGGAUGCGCUUUCAAAUGUUACAGUCCUUCGGUGUGGUUAUUGCAAGAGUUUUGAUCAUCACUAUUUAUAGACCAGCCUGUUCCGACCGAGGCUGUUCCUCAUAGCUGUAUAUUUUGCCAACUGCGCGCAACAAGUUGCAGACACUCCCAGCAGAGGCAAACCUACACUAAUUUGGGACGGCGGAUGGCAUUUUCUGCGCUUCUCUUUUCGGAUUACGCGUCUUUGAAUAGCGCAUACCCCUGCCCGACCCCCUCUUUGGGAAGCAGAGUGGAAUAAACUGUAGAGAUCCGGAGAGGUGGUUCAGGAAAGGACGGGGCUGGAUUUGUGGGAAUAGGCCUGCCUGUCAGGCCUCUUAUGAUCCGGAUCUUGGACUGGACAGGACUCCAAAAUAACUCAGUCAGGACUAUUUUAAUGGGCCCUCUGGAAUCAAUCUGAAAGGAGAAUGUAUAUGAAUAAGGAUUGCAAAUCCUUAGCCCGCUGAGGCAUACAUGGGGAAGGUUGUAGUGGAAGGUAAAGUCGUUUUAAUCACAGAUCACCCAGUUUAAAUAAUUAACACAAUGUACAGUUGUUAAAGUUUUAAACUGGCAUUACUUUUAAUGUUAAACCUUUACUGCAUAUAAAGUCAACUACAACACUUUAUGUGAAACGAUGAUAGCCUUUCCGGUGAAAAAUCAUUAUUUUCUUUUAAGAAUAUAUGUUUUUUCUUUACAGUUUUGAUGCUGUAUAGUGAAACCUAAUGCAUUCAACACAUUUUAUAUUUGAGCACUACUGGUUUUUCGGAACCCCACUAAUUGGUAGGUGCUUUAAGGAGGGAAAGAAAGUGUAAAUGUGCCAUUCGUCGCGCGUGUUGUUGAGAUAAGAGGGACAGUGUAACUUUUGUAGACAAUUGGCUCUGCACAGCUGUUGACAGCCUGUAUCUGCUCAUACAGCCCUGGAACUGAGCUCUGUUUUUACGCAGACAACGUUAUUUUUGGAAUGAAGACAAAUCUGGAAGCUGUCUGACUUCGUAAUGUCAGCAGCAUCGAAAUAUUACGCACAUCCAGAGGAGGUCAUUUCCAGUCAUGUAACGUCAGGACCGACUUGAUCUAGGCAUACAAAAUCCGUUGCAUCACCAACCAGUCCUUUCCGAGAAGGAUGUUCAGUUCAGAAGGCAGAAAGAGUGAUGACAGUGUUUUUACCGCAGCUGGAGAGAAAGCCGGGCUCAAACCCAGAGCCUCUUUGGAGAAGGAUACGUGUAAUGUGAGUACUGACGCAAACCCGGGGCUGGAUAAUGAACUGCUCAAGAAACUGGAACGGCGCGUUUUGUGUGAGUGAGUGUGCAGGCUGCUGUUUGCGUAGCAAAGACAUCUGUGCCGUGAUCACCAUCCAUGAGCUGUGAUUAUUCAACCAAACACCUUUGCUCUCUCUCCCUCCUGUCUGUCACUCUCUUCCUCCUCCGUGCCACAUGUGCACUCACGCGUCUAAUUGCCUGAGGGCCAUCAUAAGAUAUUAUUAAUAUUUAACACCUCUCCCGCACCCAUCGGUCCCUCGCCACAGCAGUCAAUAUGGCCACACUGCCACACCACAGACAGCUUCCCAGGCAUGGCACGGAAGUGAGCUGCGACUCUAGCGGGGAUGGCGCGGUGACCGUGCGGAUUUCCAACAGCGCGCCACACGUGCCUCAACAUGAGCCCCUGAAGGCUGCCAGCAGUGGAGCAGGGGGAGGAGGAGCUGGAGGCCAUGGGGCUGUGAGUAAAACGAACCCCAACCCCCACAAAUACAGUAUCUCCUCCAGCUGCAGCUCAGCAGACUCCAGACCAGCUGGGACUUCCACUGACAGGGAGCAGAGGAAGGCCCCUCCUCUGUUCGAGCGCUCUGCAGCUCAGUGCUGGGACCCCAAAUUUGACUCCCCCAUCUUAGAAGACGCUUGCCAAGAGAGGUGCUUUCCUCAGACACAGCGGCGCUUUCGUUAUGUCCUGUUCUACCUGGCGGUUGCAGCUGUACUCUGGGGGGUGUACUUUGGGGUCAAUAGUGACCGCUGUCACCCCAUGACCUUCCUAGCCCCCACUGCCGCCUUUUUAGUUGUCCUAGUGAUCUUAUUUUUGUUCACCUUAACACAGCCCUACACAUGGCUGUACAACCAAACCUCCUUGUUCCUGAUCGCGGUCACCUUUGCCAUCACCUUAGCUCCACAGGUACAGACCGCUGGCUACACUGAGCUGGAGGGGGCUGGUGGCAGGAACUCCUCAUAUCCCUCACCUGACAGAGGAGCAGCACUUCCAACUGCUUGCAUCUCCCCUGUGGGCACGUUUUCCCUGUGUAUGGAGGUUUUGUUGUUGUUAUACAGCGUCCUUCAUGUCCGUCUGUAUGCCUCAGUGAUAUUGGGUCUCCUAUAUUCUAUAUUAUUUGAGGCAUUAGAAUGGCUGCCGUUGCUUCAAAGGAGUUAUGACACUACUGGAUGGGGGACAGGGUUAGAGGGUUCAGCUUCGGAUUGGGAAGGAGACACCCUCCGUUGGCUGGGCCCGGGCAAAGCUCUGCUCCACUUGUGUGCCCAUGUCAUUGGCAUCCACCUGUUCAUCAUGUCGGAGGUGCGUUCCCGCAGCACCUUCCUCAAAGUGGGCCAGGCCAUCAUGCAUGGCAAAGACUUAGAGGUGGAGAAGGCCUUGAAGGAGCGAAUGAUCCACUCUGUGAUGCCGCGGCGGGUUGCAGAUGAGUUGAUGAAGCAAGGUGAUGAUGAGGGUGGUGGCGAGAGCUCUGGCAAGCGUUAUUCCUCAGGUGCCUGCUCCGCUUCAGCUGUCUCAGUGGGUGGUGGAGGAAGCGGUGGAGCUUCACAAGCCCAAAGUGCCUCAAGCACAAAGAACUACCCUUACAACAAUCACAAACGCAAGAAGACCUCCAUCCCCCGGGGACAGAUCAUCUUCCGGCCGUUCAACAUGAAACGCAUGGAGCCUGUGAGCAUCCUCUUUGCAGACAUUGUGGGUUUCACUAGAAUGUCUGCCAAUAAGUCAGCGCCAGCGUUGGUUGGCCUUCUCAACGAUCUGUUUGGACGUUUUGACCGGCUCUGUGAGCUAACCUGUUGUGAGAAGAUCAGCACACUGGGAGAUUGCUAUUACUGUGUAGCUGGCUGCCCUGAGCCCCGUCCAGAUCAUGCCAACUGCUGUGUGGAGAUGGGCUUGGGCAUGAUCCAGGCCAUCGAGCAGUUCUGCCAUGAGACAUGCGAGACUGUCAACAUGCGGGUCGGCGUCCAUACCGGCACCGUGCUGUGUGGGAUCCUGGGAAUGAAGCGCUUCAAGUUUGAUGUGUGGUCAAAUGACGUCAACCUGGCCAACUUGAUGGAGCAGCUGGGCGUGGCGGGCAAGGUCCACCUGUCAGAGGCUACUGCUCGAUUCCUGGAUGACCAUUACCAGAGGGAGGACGGACGGGUGGCAGAGAGAGCUGGGGAAAGUGUGGUCGAGAAACUAAAGGGGCUGAAAACCUACCUGAUCUCAGGAAGGAAGGUGGAGCUGGAUGUGCAGUGUGGCUGUUCUCAGGUGGGACUGUCAGGCGGAGAGUUGGUUGGGGUGGGCCUGACCUCCUUUCCUCAGCCCUGCACACCGGACCUCAUCCCCGGGGGAGCACAAGCUGCUGAGCCCCCGCUACGCAACCAACCUCUGGACAGGAUCAGGCCUCCCUGUGUGUCCCGCAGUGUGGCGUUGUCUCCGGGGGCAGAACAGUGUGAAGAUGUGGCUGUGUUGAACGGCUGCCAGGAGGACCACAAGACCAGCAGUGCCAAGUUCACCCAAGGUCAGAGCCCACGUGCAGCCAAUGGUCUCCUGAGUCCCCCACUGGAGGACCCAGUGCGAGCCAGCCAGAGCUCCCUGUGCGACAUGCUCCAGGAGAAAGAGAAGAAGACGAGCACCAGCACAGGGACCGGCACCAGUCUAGGCAUGGCGGGCGGUGCGGGGGCAGCGGGCACGGGAAUGGAUCACUCCGCUCUGAUUCAGUUGCGGGCAAAGAACUUCAGAGAAAAGAGCGACGUCCACUUUGUGGAUGUUAUCAGGGAGGACAGUCUGAUGAAGGACUACUUCUUCAAGCCACCCAUCAAUAAGAUCAGCCUCAAUUUUCUAGAAAGACCUCUGGAGAAAGCCUAUCGCAGCAGCUACAAGGAGGAGGUGAAGAACCAGGCUCAAGUGCAGACAUUUGCGAGCUCCACCUUCAGCUCCUUCCUGGAUGUUCUCCUCAGCUGUUUUUUCUUUUUGGCUCUGACUCUGGCCUGCUUCCUUCCUCCUCUGGUGAGCCCUGCCAGUGUGGGCCCCCCGGCCCCUGCUGCCCUGGCCGUGGCCCCCCUGGCUGGCCUGUUAGAGCUGGCCUCCCUGGUGCUGUCCAUACGUAUGGCCUUCUAUCUGGAGGAGGUGAUGAACUGUACCCGCUCGCUGCUCCUGGUGGUCUCUGGAUGGGUCCCCCGUCAUGUGAUUGGGGCUGUGUUGGUCUCCCUACCUGCCAUCUCUGUCUUGUCCCACCUCAGCUCCAGUGUCCACUUGCCACUCCAGGUGACCAUGUUCUUGUGCUGCGCCACCAUCCUGGCCAUCAUCCAGUACUGUAACUUCUGUCAGCUCAGUUUCUGGAUGCGCUCCGUCCUGGCCACGGCGACCGGGGUUGCACUGCUGCUGCUGCUGUACAGCCCUUUACACAGUGGUGGUAAUAACAGCUCUCCAGUUCAUGGAUUGAAUAUCUCCUCAUCCACUGUUGGAGGAUCAGCAUCAGGCACUCCUGGCCCUGAACGUCCUCGGCGAGCCCUUGACCUCCUGGUCCCAGAGGCCGUCCUGGCCUUCUUCCUGCUUCUUCUCCUGGUCUGGUUCCUCAACCGCGAGUUCGAGGUCAGCUACCGUCUACAUUACCAUGGAAACGUGGAAGCUGACAAACACCGCUUUAAGAUCCAGACGAUGCGAGACCAGGCCGAGUGGUUACUGGGCAACAUCAUCCCCAUCCAUGUCGCUGACCAGCUCAAGGUGACCCAGAGCUACUCCAAGAAUCACGACAGUGUGGGCGUGAUCUUUGCCAGUAUCGUAAACUUCAGUGAGUUCUAUGAAGAGAGCUACGAGGGCGGUAAAGAGUGCUACCGUGUCCUCAACGAGCUAAUUGGAGACUUUGACGAGCUCCUUCGCAAACCCGAGUUCAAAAGCGUGGAAAAGAUCAAGACCAUCGGUGCCACCUACAUGGCAGCGUCGGGACUGAAUGUCCGGGAGCUGGCUGAGGAUGACAAUGAGUCCAUCCACGCUCACCUGCGGGAACUUUUUAACUUUGCGCUGGAGAUGAUGGGCGUCCUGGACGACUUCAACAAGAACAUGCUGGGAUUUGGUUUCAAGCUUCGAAUCGGGUUUAACCACGGCCCACUGACAGCUGGGGUGAUCGGCACCACUAAACUGCUCUACGACAUCUGGGGAGACACGGUGAACAUAGCCAGCCGCAUGGACUCAACAGGUGUGGAAUGUCGUGUGCAGGUGAGCGAGGAGAGCCACACUGUGCUCAGCGCCAUGUGCCUCGAGUUUGACUAUAGAGGCACAGUGAAUGUUAAGGGAAAAGGUCAAAUGAGGACCUUUCUGUACCCCAAAAUUGGGGAAAGUAUAAAUCAAGAUUGUACGGAGCUGGGGUACAGUCCCUCAUCCUUGGCACCAACAGCCAAUAAGACUUCAGGAUCUGUUGCCCAGGCAGCAGCUCUUCCUCCCUCUUCUUUCACUCCUCCCUCCUCCUCUCUUUCCACACUCCCUGUUCAACCAGAAAGGCCUUCAAUAGCAGGACCUGAGCAUGAGCCCACAGAGGAGAGGGAGGAGGGAUAUAGGGACUCUCCACACCACCCUGCCACAGACUUUCCCCUCACUCCCCACUCUGAACUGGACUCAGUGCCCUCCUGGGUACAACCUGCUCCUCUCGCGAUUCAAGAGGAGGAGGAUGAAGAGAUGGAUGCCAACGAGCUAACAAAACUCAAUGAGGAGUUUUACGCUCGACUCUGAUCCGUCCUCUCCACUUUCCCUGUCUUCAAUUCCCCCAAUGCCCACAGCUGCUGACGCUACAUGACCGAUUGUAGGUGCGGGCAGGUGUAGUGUUUUCGGCACAGAUGAAGGAGAGGGAAAUCAACACAAACAAUGGCUACAGUUGCUAUACUGGUAGCUACUAAUGCCGUUCCUGGGAAUGUUGCCUCAGUGCUGGGGUGGGUAAGCCCUGUGUUGAACACAGCAGUGUUAAGGUGAGAAGGCUGAAUGGGGGUCAGAUAAACAAAAGUGAAUUUGUUUUGUUCUAGAUGUUUUUGUCUUAUUCAUUUUUGCUAUUAAGUGCCUUCAGGACUAGAUCAGUGAACGAACAAAUAUGAAUACCGAACAAAGUUUUAAAACUUUACACUACGGGACAUGAUGUGGUUUCAUACUACAUGCUUUUAUUUUCAAUGCAAGUAUUUCUUAAACAAUAUUUUUGUGCCAUAUUAGUUGUUUAAACUUGAUCAAACUCUUGACCUUUCUAAAGGGAAAAUUAUUUUAGUUUCUAUGUAAGUGCCAGUGCAUUAUGAUGGGCUGAGCAGGGAACUACGGGAAGAAUGAGGGAAUCACAUGAAGCAGUGUUAAUUUAUGCUCUGCGAUGACUUGAGGGCUUUAUGCAGUAUUCAUUUGUGCUAGAGUUUAGGUAAAAGGGGACAUGCUACAAGCAGGCUGCAUUGGUUUUAGUUUGUGUAGCGGCUAAAUGCACAUUUUUAAAGCACAGGUCUUGCACAGUGUUUUCUCGACCACUUGUAUUUGGUAGCUUUUACAGUGAAAUAGCUUAUAAGGACGAUUCAACAGAGUUCUUUUCCAUCACAACGAGUACAAUCAAAAGCACAAAAUCGAAACAGAUAAGGGAAUAUACAUUUGCAGUAAAGGUUUCGAUUUUUGAACUGAGAUCAUCACAAAAGCAGGAAGGCACUUUAAAUAUACCUAAAGUGAUACUCCACCCAAGAUCCAAAGUGUCAACUGAGUAUUUUUCUACAAAAUAAGUAAAACAACCAUACAUCUCUCAAUAUUAUCUGACUUAUCUGACAUGUAGGUCACAAUCCCAACAACAGGGCACUAUAGUAUUUAAAAAAAAACACAGAUGUUUUGGGGCAUUUUUGAUUACAGCAAACAGUAGAGCAAAAAAAAAAAAAAAGAGAGGGAUGGAAAUUGACAUUUAAGAAUGGUUCCAGGCCAUGCGUGAUACAAAGGGUGUAAGGGUUCAUUACUCCCGGGCCAGCGGCCUGCCCCUGGGCACUGUAGUUCUUAGCAAAUGUUUCUCUAAUCAGAGUAAAUACUGCAUUUGUUCGGGACUGUAAUCUGUGGUGGGCUAGAGAGUAUUUACAGCAGCAGGACAGUGUAUGUGGGAUUGACUAAAAAAGAAACUAAAUAAUUUGUUUUUGUUGUAAUGAAGGAACAUCAUGGCUCAUCAAAGUGUUAUGUGUUAACUAGUUUUUACAUAACAACAUAGCUCUAAGGCUAAAUUCAUUCUGGAUAUUUGGUCAUUUGUUAUUAACCAUAAGAAAAAAUAUGUUCCCUUUAAAGCCGACAGGGGGUUGAGAGUUUGAUACUCAAGAGAUUUUGCACGGAGUAUCACUUGAGGUGAGACUGUUCUUGGUAUGAUAUUAACAGCAUCAAAGCAGAGAUCUACUAGUUUUUGCAGGGCUGCGUUUGAAACUUCACACUCAGAUUGAGUUCCAUUGGUUGCCUUCCUGGCCAGUCCAUCACUAUAGAUUUGUUCAAUAGUUAAGUAUUGUUUUCCUGGGUGGGACUUUUAACUUUAUCCUGUCACAGCCUUUAUACGGAUGGGGCCCUCUUCUGUAUCAAUAUACCUAAAUUGUGCCACUUUAAUUGAGUGAUCUAUAGGUGCAGUGCAACCUAAACUAGCUGAUUGUUUUGUGGUGCCUACAAAGUAUGACUGUAUUUUUUGAGUAUUUUUGGUUUUCAGAAAGUUUUCUAUCAUGCUGGUUUCAUACUGACAAUAUAUUAUGAUUGUAUGUUUGAGAAAAGUAUGCAUCUUUCUGUGCAGGUUUAGCUUUUUUGUAAAAUUCCAUCCUUUUUUGUCAUUUUUCUUGCUCUUUUUCCAGUUUCUUUAAUUAUCUGAUAAACUGGUCGCCUUGAAUAAUGCAGUGUUAGUGUUCUCAUCGAACUGCUGGCAUCUCUGUAGUUCGCUUUGCUCUUUUACUCUCUUAAGGCUUCUUUCUUUACUCCUUUAAGCACUUGUUUCCCCUCACACUUUGUGUGUAUGUGUGCGAGAAAGAUAUUUAAUUGCUUAUCCAAGUCAAUAACAUGUUGAAGAUCACUGCAGUAUGAUGCAAAAACAAAUGAAUCACCAUCAUGGCCGCUGUUAAACAUGUUGCAGUUGCUGGCUUAUAUGUAAACAAAUGACACCAACAAUGUUGCAUUUAAAAAAGCCAUGAAGUUGGACAUCUGCAAACCAUAUCAACAUAUCAACGUUUGAGAUAAAGAAUCUUGCCAUCCUUAACUCUGCCGUUGUGCACUCUCAAACAUACACAUCUUGUGCCUUUGUGUUAGUCAUAUCUUUAAUCAUUGUUUGAGAGCUGUGAUUAUUUGUAUCAAAUAAUCAAGAAAACCCAAGUACGGUAGCUUAAAUACCCUGAAAAUCCAAAAAGUAAAGACACAAAAAUAGCUACACAAAAUAUGUUCUAACAUUCACAUCUCUCAUUGUAAUCACCUCUUAAUACAUAUUCUCAACACGUUCAAGUUUGCCAAACCCAACAAACAGACCAAACAAAAUUAUCAAAACAGAUGAGGAUAUAAGGUAUCUGUUUUUAAGGAAAGUCAAUCCUUGGUGUCAUGUAGUCCUUGUAGCGCACAUCUGCACACACUUAUGAAUAAAAUAUCAAAGUGAACACUACCGGCUCUGCGAUCUGUGACACAGUUGGGCGGCGAGAAGUGAGUGAGAUUUUGAAUGCCUGGGAACAAGUUUUCUUUUUUGCCAGAAUACUCUCUCAUUUUUGAGUUUGACUCUGAAACAUACUAUCAUCUAUUUUGUCAUUUUCAUUCUUUCUAAAAAUUAUGUUGAUCAUUACGAAUGUAUUGGCUACGCGCAUGAUCCUCCAAAUCACUAUGCUUUGCUCAUUUUAGGUUACUUGGAUUUUAUUCUUUUCUGACAGUUGAUUUUUAGAUAAUGUGUUUAUGACAAGAUUUGUUUUAGUUCAAGCAGAAGAAAAAAAGUGUCCUUUGAUGUCCAGCAUUUAAAAAUGUAAGAAAACAAAGCCAAGUGCAUUUGAGGCAACAUUUAAGGCAUUUAGUCAUCCUUUGUUGAAGAAAUGCAAUUUUGCUUUGUUAAAAGCAAUUAAGGGAGAUUGUGUCAAGUGGCACUAGGUAUAAUCCUCACAGCAAAAUAACAUUGCCUAAUCACUCAUUUAAAUGGUGACUUUUCCACAUCUUUUCAUUAUAAAUUCAACCCUGAUGUGAUUUUUAAUUACACUGGGACAGAAAUUAGUCUUUUGAUCAAAAAUCUUUGUGUAUUUGUUUUUAUGUCCAUGAAUGAGAUUAUUCAGAAAGAAAUGAGAGUAUUAUGUUUGUUUUGUGCACAUUACCCAUGUAUCAUUUAUCACCACAUGAUCGUAAUUUGUACACAUUUGCACAAAGCACUCAGUGUUUGUACAUAUGCAGUUAUUUUAUGUCACUUAUGAUUUUUUUAUACUUGUGCAUGUGUCAGAUUUUGCCAGAAAAACAAUGAAAAGUGACACGUAUUAUAAAAAUCGAUUUGAAUUUG